AUGGCUUUACGCGCUUUGUUUAUCUUCGCGGCGCUUAUCGCAAGCGGCACCGCCUUGUACAACAAGGAACGCGACCGGCUUCGUGCAAACUUACGGUCUUAUGAACGUUCAUGUGAGCUAAGUUCCUGUUAUCCCGCCACCGGUAACCUGCUAAUAGGCCGCGAGGCGCGCCUCUUUGCGUCCUCUACGUGCGGGCUACAUGGUCGUGAACGGUACUGCAUUGUUUCACAUCUGGAACCGAAGAAAUGUUUUUCAUGCGAAACUACCAAUGCUACCUACCUCAAGCCAGAAUAUAAUCACCGAAUACAGAACAUUAUUUACAAGUAUUUCCCGGGAACUCGAACCCGAUCUUGGUGGCAAUCCGAAAAUGGAAAGGAAAAUGUUACAAUAGAACUCAAUAUGGAGGCUGAAUUUCAUCUUACUCAUUUGAUAAUACAGUUUAAAACAUUUCGACCGGCUGCUAUGCUAGUUGAGAGAUCUUUUGACUUUGGACAAACUUGGCGUGUGUACCGAUACUUUGCCCACAAUUGUGAUCUUUAUUUUCCGGGAGUUCCUAAGCACACACAACGUUCACUGACUGAAGUGGUUUGUGAAUCUCGUUAUUCUGGUGUUUCUCCAUCUACAGAAGGUGAAGUUAUAUUUAGAGUUUUACCACCCAAUAUUAACGUGACCAACCCCUAUUCCGAAGAAGUACAAAAUCUAUUGCGUAUGACGAAUCUUCGAAUUAACUUUACCAAACUUCAUACGCUUGGUGAUGACAAACUGGACAAUAGAGCGGAAAUUCAAGAAAAAUACUAUUACGCUAUAUAUGAAAUGACCGUAAGAGGCUCAUGUUCCUGUUAUGGACACGCUUCUCGCUGUUUGCCUAUGCCUGAAGUAGAAUCUAAGAACAAUAUGGUACAUGGUAGAUGUGAGUGUACUCAUCAUACUACAGGUUUAAAUUGUGAAUACUGUGAAGACUUCUACAACGACCUUCCCUGGCAACCAGCAGUUGGAAAAACUUCUAACGCUUGUAAGAGAUGUGUAUGUAACAACCACGCAACUAAAUGUCACUUUGAUCCUGCUGUGUACAAUAAAACAGGCAAAAUCAGCGGAGGUGUGUGUGAUAACUGUCAGCAUAAUACGAUGGGUGUGAAUUGUGAACGUUGUAAGCCAAAGUUUUAUAAAGACCCCGCCUCGGACAUUCAGAGUCCAAAUAUUUGUAAACCUUGCGACUGUGAUCCGGAAGGUACCACAGAUAAAGAAGUACUUUGUGAUGAUGAGACUGAUACCGAAAAUGAAAAAAGUGCUGGACGCUGUCUUUGCAAAGCGAACGUCGAUGGAACAAGAUGUGAUAGAUGUAAAGAUGGAUUUUGGAAUUUUGACCCUCUUAACCCCGAAGGAUGUAAAGCGUGUACUUGCAACAGCUUAGGUACUAUUAACGAACGAGGCUGUGAUGCUGCAACUGGAAAUUGCUUUUGUAAACGUCAUGUUACUGGAAGAAAUUGUGAUCAGUGCCUACCAGAAUUUUAUGGUUUAUCUGAUAGUGUGGAUGGUUGUCAACCUUGUGACUGUGACUUAGGAGGUUCUUUAGACCGGGACUGCGAUGUUAUAACAGGACAAUGUAAAUGUCGCCCAAAUGUUUCAGGACGUCGAUGUGACCAACCUAUACAAAACUUUUAUGUAGGUGCCCUUGAUUCUCUCGUUAUUGAAGGUGAAUCAAGUCAAUGCGAUUCGCAAUCUGAUGAAAAUGCUAUUCAAAGUCAAGUUUGUCACGUUGUUAUUAGGGAAAAUUAUCCAGACGGAAGAAAAGAGACCUGGACCGGACCAGGUUUCAUGAAAUUACCCGAAAGUAGUACAAUUGUAUUUGUUGUAAAUAAUAUAAAGAAAAGUAUGAACUAUAAUAUUUUAGUUAGGUAUGAACCCCAGUCUCCUAUAGAUUGGGAAGAGGCUACUAUUUUAAUAAAACGACCACCACCCGAUGCAGACUCACCUUGUGCGAAUGUACGUCCAGAAGAUGAUACUAUAAAUAUCAGGUUACCAAACCAAAGUAGCCUACUUGUAACACCAGCAGUAUGUUUGGAAAAAGAUAAAGAAACAAUUAUUAGGAUUUACAUAGGACGUCAAGAUCACCGUGCUCCAAACGCCAGGGCGUCUAUCCUUAUUGAUUCCAUUGCACUGAUUGCAUCAAUUGAUAAUAUUCCAUUUUUAGCAAAAAAUACCUCAAUGAGAGAAGAAUUUGAUCGACACAACUGUGGCAACCAGUAUUAUUACAACCUUAAUAGAGAAAAUGUUCCAGAAAUUUGUAAGAAAUACCAUGUUAGCAUAGGUUUUUACAUCAGAAAUGGAUCUCAGUCUUGUCAAUGCGAUCCUACGGGUUCCAAGAGUCAUCAAUGCGAUCGGUAUACUGGAUAUUGUCAAUGUGUUGAAAAUAUUGUUGGAGCUAGGUGUGAUCGUUGUGCUCCUGGAACGUAUGGAUUCAGUAAAUUUGGUUGCAAGCGUUGUGAUUGUAAUAGUAUAGGAUCUUUAGACAAUUUUUGUGAUGCAGUAAGUGGACAAUGUAAAUGUAGAGCAAACACUUAUGGAAGAGCUUGUGAUUUAUGUCAACCAGGAUACUUUAACUUCCCCAAUUGCCAACAGUGUGAUUGCAAUGGACAUGCUAUCGAAUGUGACGACAAGACAGGAGCCUGUAAAGAAUGCAGAGAUUUUACUGAAGGCCAUCGAUGUGAAAGAUGUGUAGAAGGAUAUUACGGAGACCCUCGUCUAGGAGUUGAUAUACCAUGUAGGCCCUGUCCAUGUCCGGGGAUAAUAGGUGAACCAAACAAAAGUAGUCAUGCAGAUCGUUGUGAAUUAGAUGCUGAUACAAAUGAUGUUUUGUGCGAAUGUAAGGAAGGUUAUGCUGGGCCUUUGUGCGACGUUUGCGCUGAUAAUUACUACGGAGACCCAAUACAAGGCACAUGUGAAAAAUGCGAUUGUAAUGAAAAUAUAGAUUUAACAAAGCCUGGUAAUUGUGAUCCCUAUACAGGCAAAUGUUUGAAGUGUCUACACAACACUGCUGGCGAUCACUGCGAAAUUUGUGCAGAAGGAUACUACGGUAACGCAGAGGAAAAAUCUUGCUACCCAUGUAAUUGCUCCGAACUAGGAACCAACUUUACUAUAGGCAAUUGCGAUCGUAAUACAGGUCAAUGUCCCUGUUUCAAAAAUGUCAUGGGAUUAAACUGUGAUCAAUGCACCGAAAACCAUUGGAGAAUAGCCUUAGGAACGGGCUGCGAUCCUUGUGAAUGUGAUCCGAUUGGGUCUCUAUCAUCCCAAUGUAAUCCAUAUAUUGGUAAAUGUAGUUGUAUUGCAGGAUAUGGAGGUAGGCAGUGUGAUCAAUGUCAAGAAAAUCAUUGGGGUGACCCUAAUGUCGAGUGUUACGAAUGUGACUGCGAUGAAGACGGUUCUGUAACACGUCAAUGUGAGAGGAGUACUGGUUCAUGCGUGUGUAAACCAGGUAUUGGUGGAUAUAAAUGUGACAUGUGCGCAAGAGGGUACCUAGGUGAAGCACCGCAGUGCUAUGCUUGUGGCGAAUGUUUUGACAACUGGGAUCUUUUAAUAAAUGAUUUACGUUUACAAACGGAGUAUGCUAUAGGUAAUGCUAGUAAAAUAAAAGUUGUUGGAGCUACUGGAGCCUAUACAAGAGAUUUUGAUGAAAUGACCAAAAAACUGACCGAAAUUGAAAAUAUGCUCCAGAGUGCUAAACAAGGGCACACUACGGUUAUCGACUUACUUUCUAAUGUAACAAGUCUUCAGAACCUAUUAAAUGGUGCAGAUAAGAAAGUCACAGAUAGUAAAAAUAAUCUUAAUGCUUUAACGUCUAACAUCAGUCUUGGCAAUGUCACAUUAGACGGCUUAAGAGCAAGUAUUGAAAAUUUGAAAGGAAAAACUCUCGAUUUAGGAAAUAACGCUACCAAAUUACAAGAAGCUAAUUUAGAAGGAGCUCUUAACUUGACACGCGAAGCUAAACAGAGAGCUGUAGUGGCCGCUGAUGAAGCUGAAGAAGUACAAACCGUGAUUGCAAAUACAGAUCGACAAAUUAAAAAUACAGACCGUCUUAUCGAGAUGCAAUACUCUAAUUUUAAUAAUACACAAAAUGAAAAUGACAAGAAAUUGAAUAACAUCAAUGAUCAACUUUCGCAAUUAGAAUCUCAAAUUCCAAAACUAAAUGAAAAGAUGUGCGGUCAAGACAGUGAUGCAUGUGAUAUUUGUGGAGGCGCAGGCUGUGGAAAAUGUGGCGGUAUAUCAUGCGAUCAGGGAGCUGUUACAAAAGCAGAACAAGCUCUUGAUUUUGCAAAUAAAACUGAAAAUCGAAUCAAGGAGCAUGAACUUACAGCUGAAGAUUUAUUCAAAUUAAUUUCACAAGUAAAACAAGACACUAUCGAUGUACGGUCACGAGCAAAAGAUUUAUUAAAAAAUGCAUUUGAUUUCAAAAAUUCGGCAGAGAGAAUCACAAACGAAAGUCAGGACUUGACAACUGAGUUAAAAGAAUUUUUAUCAAAUACCUCUAAUACACCAGCGGACGUAAGAACUUUAGCUAACGAUAUACUUAAUUUGUCUAUCAGUAUACAGCCUAAAGAAAUCACAGAACUGUCACAACGUAUCAAUGCGUCAGUGUCUCAAUUGACUAACAUCGAAAAUAUAAUUGCUGAAACAAAACCAGAUUUAGAGAGGGCAAAAUCUCUGAAACUAAACGCCACGGUUAUUAAUAAGUCGGCUAAUUUGACGCUAGAAAUGGCAAACAAAGUUUUAGCGGCAUUAGAUGAAGCUCAAGCAGCACAAGAUGCUGCAGAAAAUGCCAUUAAUAAAGCUAAUAAUGACAUUGAAGCCGCUAAAAGCGAUUUGGCUCCUAUAGCUACUAAAACGGAACAAGCCCAAAAGAAAGCUAAUGAAACUAAAGAAGAAGUGGAAAGACUGCGCCUACGUCUCUCAGAUUUACAAAAAGAUAUAUUAAAGGUGGAAAGCGAUGCAGAACAGGUGAAAGUAGAAGCAAAUGAUGUCGUGAAUCGCGCUGAGGGCGCUGAACAAAAAGCAAGGCAAUUGAGGCAAGAUUUUAAACAAACUAAUAUGUCGCUUUCGGAACGUGCCAGUCAAACUUCCAAUUCAAGAGAACGAGCGCAAGUGCUUUUAAAACGUGCCACCAAACUUGCUAGCGAUACUCAAAUGCAAUUGAAAUUGUUAGCAAAUAUGGAAGAUUUGUAUAAUGCGCACAACGAUCAAUUAAAUACAUUGGAGAAAGAAAUAGGUGAUCUUAAUACCCAGAUGAAUUAUUAUAUGUCUGAAAUAACAAAACGUUCUGACAAUUAUAGAUCUUGCACUACGUAA